AGCUAACCCAAGAAACCUCUGAAGAACGUUUCAUCAAGCGGCAGUCCAGAAUGGCCGAGUCACCUUUGUCGGGUGUGAAUGUAGUACUAGUUAUGGCAUAUGGCAGCCUGGUAAGUGAUAUUUUAAAUGCAUUACUAGGUGCAAUCAAUUACUUAGCUAUAUAUACACAUCAUUGGGUGCAAUCCGUGAGAGAUGUAACGUUAGCUAGCCAACUAAACUAUGCAUACAAAUAGCCCCUGAUGAAUAGGCUAACAGUUAGCUAUCUAUCUAACGUUAAUGUUACAGCUUCUUUGGGAGAUAUUGUUUCAUGUCACAUGCCUUAGACCAGGGUUGCCACAACCUUGUUCCUGGAGAGCUACCUUCCAGUAGGUUUUCGCUCCAACCCCAGGUGUAACUAACCUGAUUCAUUUUAUCAAACCUGCUAAUUAUUAGAAUCAGAUGUGCUAGAUUAGGGUUGGAGCAAAAACCUACAGGACGGUAGCUCUCCAGGAACAGGGUUGGGCAGUCCUGCCUUAGACCAACCCUGUUCCUGGAGAGCUACCCGCCUGUAGGUUUUCGCUCCACCCCAGUUGGAACUAACCUGGUUCAAUUUAUCGACUAGCUAGUACUAAAUUAGAUUCAUUAGGGUUGGAGUGAAAACCUACAGGAUGGUAACUCUCCAGGAACAAGGUUGGAGAGCCCUGCCUUAGACAAUCUGGGUAUAUUUCACUACUUAAAAUGACUUACAAUUAGCACAAACUGGUAUGGAUUGUGUCUUUAAAAAUGUAACCUAUAUUAAUAUUCUUGACAUUCAGACUCAGUUUUUUUGCACAGGUGUUUGUAUUGCUAUUUAUCUUCGUCAAGAGGCAGAUCAUGCGUUUCGCUAUGAGGUCCCGCAGAGGACCCCAUGCCCCUAUUGGACACAACGCACCCAAGGCAAGACCCUCAGCUUUCAAUAGAGACAAUCCUCUCCAUAAUCUCUCUCAUUUACUAUCAUCCUACUCUAUGCUGCCAUCAAUCAAACAGAAAUUAAUACCAUAGUAUUUGUUCUCUUUGUAUGUUGAUGGUUUGAGCCUUGUUGAUAUUUCCGCAGGGUUUGCGGGAAGAGAUUGAUGCGCGCCUGUCCAAGGUUCAGGAAAUUCGCUUCGAGCCGCGUCUCCUCUCUGAGGAGGAUGAUAGGCUGAGGCACGGGACACAGUUCAGUAAGUCACCAUUCAAAUGCAUACAUGCAACACGUGUUCUCUGUAGUGGAAGAGAUGUUGUGUUUUUAUAGUACUGUAAUAGUAGCAUUAAUGACAUCCAUGAUAUUCUCAGGUUGCUACAACUACCUGUACAGGAUGAAGGCUCUAGAUGCCAUUCGGGACUCGGGUAAGAGCCGAUAGUAGAGAGGUAUUUUAAAAUCUAUGGUUUAAAGAAUGGAUGUACAUUACAAUUGGCAUAUGUUCUCCUCUUUCUUAUAAUUAUCCCUCCUCUCUCUCCAACCCCAGGGAUCCCGCUGCAGGAGAUGGGCCGCAACCCGAACGCCAUCACAGGACGCAGUUUCCGCAACUGGCUGCUUGAUCUGCGUAACUCCCACUCCCUGAUCAAGAGCAGCCGUAGCACCCUCAUUGACAACCUGUUGGAGGGAUAUGACAGCGCACGCCAUGGCACAGGGGUAAGUGUUUGUGUGUGUGAUUUUUGUUUUUGUGAAUUGACUGUUUUCGUGUUGACAGUGUUCGUCAGUGGAAGUGACUUUCUCUGUGUUUUAGGUAUUUGGUGAAGCGGAAUAUAUGAAAUACCAGGAUGCUCUGAAUGAACUGGCUGAUGUGUAAGUAUUAUUACAAAAAUGAAUGUGUUUGCUCAACAAAUAAAUAUAUCAGUAGGAAGAGAUGCCUUUGGUCCUCAACUCCUGUCACAGAAAUCUUCACUAUCAUGCCAUUUAAUUUGAGUUUGACACUACCCUCUCUCUUCUCUCCACAGUGUGAAAGCCUACUCCAGCACCACCAGUCUGGACCAGCAUCACCAGUCAGCAGCCAAGGACCUGAUGGGCUCCCCAGCCCGCAGCACCCCCUCCACCAUCCAAGUCACCUACCUGCCCUCCACCAGCCAGCGCAGCAAGAGGCCAAAGCACUUCCUAGAGCUCAAGAACUUCAAAGACAACUACAACACACUGGAGAGCACCAUGUGAGAGGUGACUGUUGGGCAGUUUUGGGGUCAGUUCCAUUUCAAUUCCUGCUUGUUGAAUCCAUAGGAACUGUAUUCGAUAGCAAUAAUUGGAAUUGACCCCAGCUUUGCUAUGGGGACUACCAAAAACAUAGUAACAGAGCAAGCAUGUAGUGUAUAUACCCUAAAGCUUGUGGAAGAUCGUAUUGCAUGUACGUUUUACUUUAUUUCCAUUGGACAUAUGGAGAAUUGUCCCAUAAUACAAAGCAUUUGAAUGAAGUCAUAUCAGGGUCUUUAUCCCAGGAAUCUACUAUGAGUCUAUGGUACUUCAAUGUACUGGUGCUGACACAUACACUAGUGACAAAGACUGUUGUACAACAGUUAUGCAUUAAAACUGUUAAUUUCCCCUACACUUGAAUUGUCAACUUCACGUGUGUGUAUAUAUGUGUAUUGAUUGAUUGUUUGUAUAGAUGAAGAAAAUUAUAUUUAUAUGAAUUUCAUGAUUUAUUUUAACUGUUUUUUUUACAUGUAGAAUCCGAACUGUGUAGUUAUGUGAUGUGUGUUGAGAUUAAAACAUGGAAUGGAGCCA